GUCGCAUUUUGCUGAUGGCUUGAGAAAAGCUUUUAUGGUGCUUGGAUUCUCCUCCUCGUGGUUUACUAGAUGUGCGUAUGUACGUUAGGUCAUUGAACACCCUUUAGGAAACUGGAUUGUCCUGAAUUAGAACUCUUUAUUCUGUAGGUGGUGAAUCUUUAAUACUUGGGAAAGUGGUUAGUCAGCAUGGCCUGUGUAAGACUCUGGCCUUUGACACGUUGGAAGCCUCAUCCCCCAUUGGUGCCCAUUUAUAUCCGUGUGUGUGUGUGUCUCACCUUUUCAUGCAGCUGCAUGACUGUGGCUUUCAAGAUCCUCUUCCCAGAAAGUCUCCGAGCCCUUGGCCGAAAAGAACUGUGCCUGUUCCGAGAACAGCAUCGCUGGCCUGACCUCAAACUGUUUAGCUGGUGGUCGGAAACAGAUGUGCUCCGUGGGCGCUGCCUCCUCCCGAGAAGAAAGCCUGUUCCGUCAUUUGGCGAAGGUCGUCUAAGAGCACGUGCCACCUGCCUUGUUUUCCUGCCAGGGUCGCAUGUGGGACUCUGCAGUGGCCCCUGUGAGAUGGCUGAGCAACGGUUCUGCGUGGACUACGCCAAGCGUGGCACAGCUGGCUGCAAAAAAUGCAAGGAAAAGAUUGUAAAGGGCGUUUGCCGAAUUGGCAAAGUGGUGCCCAAUCCCUUUUCAGAGUCCGGAGGUGAUAUGAAAGAGUGGUACCACAUUAAAUGCAUGUUUGAGAAGCUGGAGCGGGCCCGGGCCACCACGAAAAAAAUCGAGGACCUCACAGAGCUGGAAGGCUGGGAAGAGCUGGAAGAUAAUGAGAAGGAGCAGAUAACCCAGCACAUUACAGAUCUGUCUUCCAAGGCAGCAAGCACACCAAAGAAGAAAGCUGUCGUCCAGGCAAAGUUGACAUCCACUGGCCAGGUGACAUCCCCAGUGAAAGGAGCCUCGUUAGUCACCAACCCCAAUCCACGGAAAUUUUCUGGCUUUUCAGCUAAGCCCAACAACUCUGGGCAGAACCCACCCUCAAGCCCUGCCCCUACAACAAGUUUGUCCUCAAGCAAAUGUGACCCCAAACACAAGGAUUGUCUGCUGCGGGAGUUUCGCAAGUUGUGUGCCAUGGUGGCCGAUAACCCGAGCUACAACACAAAGACCCAGAUCAUCCAGAACUUCCUGCGGAAAGGCUCAACAGGAGAUGGUUUCCGCGGUGAUACGUACCUAACAGUGAAGCUCCUGUUGCCGGGGGUCAUUAAGAGUGUUUACAACUUGAAUGACAAGCAGAUUGUGAAGCUCUUCAGCCGCAUUUUUAACUGCAACCCAGACGAUAUGGCGCGGGACCUAGAGCAGGGUGACGUGUCAGAGACAAUCAGAGUCUUCUUUGAGCAGAGCAAGUCUUUCCCCCCAGCUGCCAAGAGCCUCCUUACCAUCCAGGAAGUGGAUGAAUUCCUCCUGCGGCUCUCCAAGCUCACCAAAGAAGAUGAACAGCAGCAGGCCCUACAGGACAUCGCCUCCAGGUGCACAGCCAAUGACCUUAAGUGCAUCAUCAGGCUGAUCAAACAUGAUCUGAAGAUGAACUCGGGUGCAAAGCAUGUGUUAGAUGCCCUCGACCCCAAUGCCUAUGAAGCCUUCAAAGCCUCGCGCAACCUGCAGGACGUGGUGGAGCGGGUCCUGCGCAAUGAGCAGGAGGUGGAGAAGGAGCCAGGCUGCAAACGGGCUCUGAGCGUCCAGGCCUCUCUGAUGACGCCUGUGCAGCCCAUGCUGGCUGAGGCCUGCAAGUCCAUCGAGUACGCAAUGAAGAAGUGUCCCAACGGCAUGUUCUCCGAGAUCAAGUACGAUGGCGAGCGAGUCCAGGUGCAUAAGAAUGGCGACCACUUCAGCUACUUCAGCCGCAGUCUCAAACCCGUCCUGCCUCACAAGGUGGCUCACUUUAAGGACUACAUCCCUCAGGCUUUCCCUGGGGGCCACAGCAUGAUCUUGGACUCUGAGGUGCUCCUGAUUGACAACAACACAGGAAAACCACUGCCUUUUGGGACUCUGGGAGUGCACAAGAAAGCCGCCUUCCAAGACGCUAAUGUGUGCCUGUUUGUUUUUGACUGUAUCUACUUCAAUGAUGUCAGUUUGAUGGAUCGACCUCUGUGUGAGCGGCGGAAGCUUCUUCAUGACAACAUGGUUGAAAUUCCCAACAGGAUCAUGUUCUCAGAAAUGAAGCGAGUCACAAAAGCUUCGGACUUGGCCGACAUGAUAAACCGGGUGAUCCGGGAGGGCUUGGAAGGGCUGGUGCUGAAGGAUGUGAAGGGUACAUACGAGCCUGGGAAGCGGCACUGGCUGAAAGUGAAGAAAGACUAUUUGAACGAGGGUGCCAUGGCCGACACGGCUGACCUGGUCGUCCUUGGGGCCUUCUAUGGGCAAGGGAGCAAAGGUGGCAUGAUGUCGAUCUUCCUCAUGGGUUGUUAUGACCCCAGCAGCCAGAAGUGGUGCACGGUCACCAAGUGUGCGGGAGGCCAUGACGACGCGACACUUGCCCGCCUGCAGAAGGAACUGGACAUGGUAAAAAUAAGCAAGGAUCCCAGCAAAAUACCCAGCUGGCUGAAAAUCAACAAGAUCUACUAUCCUGACUUCAUUGUUCCAGACCCAAAGAAAGCUGCUGUGUGGGAGAUCACAGGGGCUGAAUUCUCCAAGUCUGAAGCUCACACGGCUGACGGGAUCUCCAUCCGAUUCCCUCGCUGCACACGAAUCCGGGACGAUAAGGACUGGAAAUCUGCCACUAACCUCCCACAACUCAAGGAACUGUAUCAGCUGUCCAAGGAGAAAGCAGACUUCACCGUAGUGGCUGGAGAUGAGGGGAGCUCCUCUACAGGGGGCAGCAGUGGUGAGAAUGAGGGUGCCUCCGGACCUGCUGUGUCCCGCAAAGCCCCCAGCAAGCCCUCUGCGAGUGCCAGGAAGGCUGAAGGGAAGCAGAGUAAUGCCAACGGCAAAGGCGGCAACAAGCUGAGCACAAAGCAUUCCCCUGUGAAACUGGAGGAGAAGCUAGCCAGGAAGUCUUCCCCGGUGAAAGUAGGGGAGAAGCGGAAAGCUACUGAUGAGCCCCCGUGCCAAGCAAAGGUGCUGCUGGACAUCUUCACUGGGGUGCGGCUCUACUUGCCACCCUCCACACCAGACUUCAGCCGCCUCAGACGCUAUUUUGUGGCAUUCAACGGAGACCUGGUACAGGAAUUUGACAUGGCCUCAGCCACACACGUGCUGGGUAGCAGGGACAAGAAUUCUGAGGCCCAGCUGGUCUCCCCAGAGUGGAUUUGGGCAUGCAUCCGGAAACGGAGGCUGGUAGCUCCCUGCUAGGACUGGAGGCAGUAGACAGAGGAGCCGCAGGAGGGGGGUGGGGGGAUGGGCUUUCUCCUGCAAGCAGUGCGUCUUCCAAACCCACUGACUAUAUUCAUGGUCUCUUCUGCACUUGGGUACCCCGAGUGCAGUCAGUUUCUCUUGCUGGCUUAAAUAGAUCUUUCAGAUCUGGGUGCUGGCUUUGUCAUCUUUUUGUUUUCUUUAAAAAGAAGUUUGGUGUUUUUUAUAAAUCAAAUACCUUUAGUAUCUUUGUCCUUUCCCACCCCCUAGCAGUUAAGGAGCGAAGGCUGGGCUGUGGAGUCUCCUCCGUGCCGGCUCCUCUAUGUCACGCUGCAGAGACUGCCCUAAGAAGCGCUUCUGGCAGAACCUGCAUUCAGCCUCGUCCCCUUUGUUUGCCAGGGACAAACCCUCUUUUUAAAGAAAACAAAAAUGAACUUUGAUGACCUUAUUCUCUGGGUUCUGUUACAGGGUGCAAGUUCCCAGUGUGAGGGGAUGGGACUAGGAGCAGGUAGGACAAUGAGGCCCAUGUGUAGCAAAGGGAGGUUCCUAAGGCUACUACCUGCCUCCCCAAAUCUGAAAACAAGACCGGCUGCUCUUUAAGAAUAAAACCCACACCCAAGAGCAAAUCUAUACCACUCGCUUAGAAAGAAGGGCUCCUGUGCCAGCUGUGGGUGCUUAUCUGCAGAACAAAAGGAAGACAGUUUAGCAUAGACAAGUGCUUUUCACCAGAAUGUGCUGCAGCCUUGGAAGUAUCCUGCUAACACUGCACAGGCUGGGCUGGCCACGGAUAAAUGUGCAUGGCACAGCUGCGGAACUCCAGUGAUGCUUACACAUGGGGUUACUAGAGAUGGCCUCAGACGCAUCGCAUGAAGCACUCAGUGCAGUGUGACAGGCCCCUGGAGUCGUGUCUACCCUGGUCCAUGUCCCAGACCUGCCAGCUCUUUCCUCAUUAAACAGGUUAGUUCUCAUGCAGCUCCUGUGAGCCGGGUCAACACAGCAACCUCUUGAACACUUGAGUGGGCCUGUGAGCUCAAGGACCACAUCUCACCCUCCGUCCCUCAUGUAUUCAACUAAGGCAGCGCUCUGCUGGGAGGCCAGCUUUCAUCUCAGUGGCCUUGUCUUUCACCUACUGUUGAAAAUAUGCUGGGGGACAGAGGGUGAGUACUCCCCAACCAGCUCAGGACAACUGGUGUUUUUAAAUAGGCACCAUUCAGUCUGGCUUCAGUAUUGGGACAGAGACAUUCUUUUUAUUCCAUCCUCUGGAAACAAAAGAACUGUUCCUUUGAGCACUGACCUACAUAGAUUUCCCUCCCCCUUUCCAGCCUCCUCAGGCCGAACAACCAGACGGGGCCGCAGAACAGGGCUUUCCAGUCUCGAGCCUAGCUGACCCAGUCCCAGCUCCACCUGCCCUUGACUGCUCACGCAGUGUGCGUCAGCACAGCAGAGGGGCUCUGCCAGCUACAGACUGUCACCUCACUAAGCAGCUAGCUCAGCCCCUUGGCCCUUCUCUGCCUGUUAGUUGCAGUUCACUGUCAACAGGUUUGCGAUGCGUGUUUCUUACCAGGCUGAUGCAUGCUUUACUCUGCUGCUGAAACGAUCGUUUUGUAGUCCUUCAUGUAUUUCCACACGAUCCUGAGCAACGUCAUCUUAAACCUCCCCAGCAGAAUGAGGGAGGCCUGCCCUCCUCUGAACCCUUCCAUAAGUGCUGCCAUAAAGCUGGCGACAGGCAGAGGUCAUCACUGGCUACUGAACAGGUCAGCUCCCCCCACCCCCCGAGCACGAGAUUCCUUCCUCCUCCCCAUCACACCCUACACCCCAGACACCACUCUGCCUUCCCCUUGGGCACCUGUUCAGGGAGAUACAUACAAGCCUAUGCACACACAGCAAUUGCCCAUGCAGCUGGAGCUGAGCCACACACCAGCUGUAGCACAGCUAUCCAAAAGCUCAGAGUAGCCUGCAGACAAAACCGGACACAGUAGCUGUCCUCAGACUCUUUCCUACCUAGAGUUUAAGGCCCAUCUCUGCUAGACCAAUGGAAAUGUCUCAACUCGCUUGGUGCUUCUUCCCACUUGAUCUUCCCAUCAGCUCCCACUCUUACAUGCUGUUGCAUGGCCUUUCCCACAUACUUCUCUGUGAGAUCUUGGGCAGGCCAUAAAGAUACUGAGCAAGGAUCUCUUGACCAAGUCCACAUAGCCAAGCAUCUCCAAAAGCAAUGCAGUCUCUGAAGAGCAUGGCCGUGUAUGCAGGGCCUGGGGUCUGCCUGAUUGGUCAGUUCUGUCGGCCAGAGCCAGCAGACUUCUGGGAUCACCCUCACACAGGAUUGGACAGGCAUCUAUGUUGACACUUUAUUACAAAAUUAUAAAGCUGAGCUCUGUAACAAAAAAAUACAUAUUUGGGUUUGCUUUAACACCCAAGUCAGUCUGAGAUUCUUAAUAUAAGCCACUUGAAGUAACACAUUCACAUCCAAGAGAUUUCAACAAAUUUUACAAUAUAUAUUGAGUAUUAAUUUCUAUACAGCUUACUCUUAAUAAUUUGGAUCCAACUAGUCCAAUGCAUCAUGAACCACUCAUGUCUCAACCGAAAUCUCAGCGCAGUCACAGCAAAAGCCAUGGAAUUAUUGGAAGAAUUAGAUGUUUCCAUAAUAAUUAAGACCAAGGAUCCAAGAGGGGCAGGAUCAAAGAUUCAAGGAUUAAAAAAAAUUAAUAAAAGUUUUCUACCUGGGUUGGAUAUUAACUGGAAUGGGAUCUUGGAAUUCCCAACUUUUAUUUGGUAUAAUAAUAAAUACAAAAAAAAUAUUUAAAAACCA